UGCACUGAAGGCAGGCGGAGCUCGUGACCACAGUGGGCUUCUGUUAAAAGCAUUUUGCGCGAAACUCAGUGUUUGUUUUGGUGACGGACAGUAGUUCGUGAACAUGGCGCUUGUUUGGAGGAAAAUACUCAUACUUCUGUUUGUGCACUUCGUCGUGUCUCAAAGACGUGUUCUCCUUCGAUGUGGUGAACCAAAAAAAUAUUCUGACAAGCAGGUGCUUGAAAAAUAUCUCCAAAAAGUAGAGUUCAAUGAUGGAGAACGAGUGAUGUAUAAAUGUGCCCUGGGUUACGAAACAUCAGCAGGAAGUCGAACAUCUUUUUGUGUGCAAGGACAAUGGCAAACCUUGAACAUGAAAUGCCAAAAGAAGAAGUGCAAUGCACUUGGUGACAUAGAAAACGGGCGAUACAGUCAAGAAGGGCGAUCAUUUGGUGAUAAAGCCAUUGCUGUUUGUAAUGAAGGAUAUAUUUUGAAAGGAGAAGGAGUCCGUAUGUGCACAGAAAAAGGUUGGAAUGGCACGAACCCUAUUUGUGAGGUGUCAAAGAUCAUCUGUUCUGCACCUGCUGUGGCAAACAGACAGAUACAAGCUGGAGAAAGGACACAGUAUGCACCCCAAGACACUGUAAACAUCAUCUGCAGUGAGGGAUUUGAUCUGAUUGGCUUGCCACAGGUCACAUGUGGAAGAGAUGGCCAAUGGCAAGACUUGCCUGUGUGCUCAAAAGUGAUGCAUUUCAACAGAUACGAAGAGUUAAGGGGAUACUCAGUGAUCACCUGUUCAGCACCUGCUGUGGCAAACGGGAGGAUAAGACCUGAAUCUAGGGUGUACAAACCCAAAGACACUCUAGACAUCACCUGUAGUGAGGGAUUUGAUCUGAUUGGCCCAGCACAGGUCAUGUGUGGAUCAGACGGCCAAUGGCAGGCCUUGCCUGAGUGUCGCCCAAAAAGGAUUCCAGUGAUCACCUGUGCAGCACCUGCUGUGGCAAACGGGAGGAUAAGACCUGAAUCUAGGGUGUACAAACCCAAAGACACUCUAGACAUCAACUGUAGUGAGGGAUUUGAUCUGAUUGGCCCAGCACAGGUCAUGUGUGGAUCAGACGGCCAAUGGCAGGCCUUGCCUGAGUGUCGCCCAAAAAGGAUUACUGAUAAAUGUGGUCCACCUCCAUCAUACCCUCAUGCUUUCCCCAGAGAUGGGUCCUCCACGCGGAGAGAGUAUCCGUCAGGUGCUAGCAUUCGCUACAAAUGCAGUAUAGGAUACGGGCGGGUCAGAGGAAUGACCGUUAUACGCUGCCAGAACGGCCAGUGGACAGACCUGCCGCUCCGAUGUGAAAGAAAGAAAUGUGGAUCUGCUGGAGAGAUUUCCAAUGGCCAGUUUGAGUAUACAGGCGUUUCAUUUGGAGAUACAGCUACCGCCGUCUGUGAUGAAGGGUAUGAGCUGAUCGGCUCAAAAGUGCAGACCUGCAGGGAUGGAGGCUGGGACGGAAGGAGACCUGUGUGUGAACCUGUGCACUGUCCUCCACCUCCAGAGGUCAAGAGCGCUGAGAUGAUUGACCCCAUAUAUGACCAUGUUCCCUUCGGUCACGUGUUGACCUAUCUCUGCCGUUCUGGAGCUCUGUUUGGUGAGAGAGAGAUUUACUGCACCAAGAGCGGCACCUGGAGCGCUCCUCCUCCUGUGUGCAAAGACAUUAUCUGUCCUAACCCACGUGUGCCAGGUGGAUCAAGAAUGAGGGGCUAUAGGGCGGUCUAUAGACUUGGGAACUCUGUGACAAUCGCCUGCAAUCCUGGUUCAAGGCUUAUAGGGCAGAGUUUUGUCACCUGUGGCUUAGAUGGGCAAUGGAUUCCAAAACUUCCACAAUGUGUGUAGAAAUCUGCACAUGGAGCAAUGCAACAAACAAAUAUUCAGCUGAAAGAAUCAAUACACCUGGCUGUCUCAAAGUCAUAAUUAAGCUUAUUUCUGUUCACUGUAUUUCAUUAAAAUGAGCAGAGAACUA